UGUCUAUGGCUUUAUAGUUUUUUAUCGAUACAUCGAUUAUAUGUCUGAAAAAUAUAAAACACACACUAAAAUUAUUGAUUAUUUCUAGUAUGGAUCCAUUUGUUAUCUUCCAGUUUAAUAGUUAAAAAUGCAUUUUUUAUUACUAUAAUUAAUAAUCAAAAUAGAUGAAACUCCAAAAAUAACUAUUAAAUAAAAAAUUUAAUCAAACAAGUUCAGAAAGUGAUGAUAAUAUUAUUAGUUACUAAUUAUGGUAGAAAGAAAUUUAAAAACAGUAUUUAAUUAUAUGUGUAAACGGUGUAAACUACAGUUGAAGAAAAAAUAAAUUACAAGUGUUAAUUAUUUACUUCUCCAGAAGUAUUUUAUAAAACACAUAUUUUCCAGUAGAAAUGGAUUAAAAUCAUUGGAAUAUUAGAUCAAUUUACAGUAUUCUGACAAAAAUGUUGAGAAUUAAAUACUUGCCUGGAAGUUACUUAUUACCUGUUAUCUACGCAUUAAUUAAAAAGAAUAAGUCAAUAAUUGUGAAUUAGAAAAUAAUGAAAAUUCUAUAAAUAUUAGAAUGAUAUUAUAUGUUAUACAUAAAUAUUUUUUUAGCUUCACACUAAUUAAUUAAUAAUAAAAGUGCACUUAACCAAGUUCAAAUUGAUAAACAUUAAUAGACAUAAUGUAAUAUUACGUAUUAAUGAUAUUUGACUGAAAUGAUAGAGUUAAUGUGCAGCAACACUUUGAGUCCGGGCACAUAAUCUUGAACCCGAUAUUUAAUUUGUCCCGAAUUUGACAUCAAAGAAAGGAUAAAAGAUAAUUGAAAUUUGAACCCAGUAUUAUUUUAAAUUAUAUAAGUUAUAAAGAAGAAAAUGAAUGAUAUGGAUUUCUUGAGAGAUUUUUAAUAUCUGUUGGUUGUAUCAAUGAAUUAAGAUAUUUUUGAAACCAGUGAUUACUUUUUGGCUAUUGAAGAGUUAUCAUGUAACAAAUGCAUAAAACUUAUUCUUGAAUAUUCAGCAUUAAGUAAUGCUAAAACAUAUUUUGACUGGGCAGCCGUCAACGGGCAUCAGUCAUCAUCAUAAUGACUGUCAAGCUUCUGGGACGAUGCCUUCAUCUAAUAACUUACAACAACAUCAUCACCAUCAUCAUGUAGAUCAUUACAAUUAUAGUGGGCGCAAUAAACGUAACGGACAUGAUGUUUACGAUUCAGUACUUGUUCCAACUGCCCAUCGAUCCAUUGGACUUCAUCAGCCAAUGGCAACCACUCCUUCGUCUGGACAUCAUCAUCCUUUAAAUCAUUCUCAAUUGAGUGUCAACAAUAUUUCACAAAAAGUGAAUGCUCAACAUUCUCACGCUUUAAAUUUAUCAACACUUUCAACUUCGAAGCAUUCUGUGAAUAGUGUCAGUCCAGUCGUGGGUGGAAACAAUAACAAUGGCGGUCACACUAUGUCAGCCAACGUCAACCAAGAGAGACCUAAAAUAAAUGGAGGAUUGGAUAUUUCUAGGUUAUCGAGACUUCACAAUCAGCCUACACCAUCUCCAGGGCUCAUUCAAGUUCAACCUAUUAUGCAAGUUUCGUCAAGUCCGAAUAUUGUGCCAUUAAAUAAUUCUUGGUCUACAACUUUAUCGAGGAGCAAAAUACAGGAGACGGGAAUUAAGGAGAUGCUGACCAGUUUGGGAUUGCUGUGUCUUGUUUCUCUACUCUUAGCAUUAUUAUCAUUAACCUUUCUACUUAAAGUUUCGCCUAUUACGGCAGCAACUAGUACGUUAAUUAGCCCCGAGGAAUAUGCUGUUGUCUACCAAGUCACCUUAGCACUGUGUGCUCUAGCAUUGUCACUAAAUCUUUGUUGUCUUCUUGUGUGCGCAAUCCAGUUUCUUUUCGCAGUGAAACUCGUGAGGACUUCAUAUCAGGGCCAUCGGACAAACAAAUACUUGGAAAAAUCUUCAGUCAGUCGUAUUUGUGCAGUUGGAGGAUUUUUUAUUAGUAUUCCUGUCUUUUUAACUGGAAUGAUCUUGUACACAUUCACGCAAUUUCAUACAACACCAGCAAUUGUAACAUCAAUUUUCAUCGCUCUAGGAAUUAUAUUUUGUGGAUGCGCAAUGGUGCACAAUGUCUUCGUGUGGCAAAGGGAGAAGACGAGCGCUAUGAAGAACUUGGCUCGUGAACAAUGCGAAGCGGCAGCCCAAUUACAACGUCACCAACAAAAUUUACAGCAACAACAGCUCCAGCAACAACAUCGCUCCAUUCAUACAAUACAUCCAUCUUGUCCUUCAAAAAUUGAAAACCUGAACACUGUACAUUCAGUUGUCUCUAAUUCUCGAGGUUCUCAUUGUCUACAGCAACCUUCUCAUCUUCGGCAUACGUCCAUGUCGUCACCAAGUGGUAUGACGACGACUUACAAUAAUCUCAACAUCUCUUCUCAUCGAAGUAUUCCAACAACUCCUCCUGCUUCCCCGAGUAAUCAUUCUCCAACUAGUCCUGUUAACAAACACAUUAGAUCACCACAAAACUUUCCACGAGAAUUAACUGGUAGUGUCAGUCCUGGCAUUCCUAACGCCACUUUAGAUCUUAGUAGUGCAGCUAAUACAAACAGUCCACAUGAGCUUUCUACGCUCGUAUAAGAAAGACUAUUUUAUAUAACAACUUUUUACAGCGCGGAUAGGUAAGAAUGGAUGCAAUAAGAAUAGACAAAGAGAAUGUUAUUUAAAUCUUGUUAUUAAAUAUUUAUCGAAUUCAAAUUACAGAGCAAUGAUUUGUAUGGUAAUGUUAAUUUAUUAUUAAAUUGACACAAGAAACUUGUCUAUACAAUUGACAACGUGCCUUUGAAUUAAGGAAUUUAAUAUUCAAUACCUUUUUUCCACUUUUAGUAAAAUACUAAUUUUUUACAGUAAAAAAACCAAAUUACUUCAUCCAUUCACUUUUAUUCUAAGUGCUCAAAAAUAUGCUAUUGCAAAACCAAAUUUUUUAAAAUCUAAAAUAAAAAAUUCUUAUAAUGUUCUUAUAUGGAAUUCAAGUAAUCUAUCAAAUAUUUGCUUUUUAACAUUUGGAAGAUAUGUACACUAACGUGGGAAAUUAUUAGGCAUAUUAAAAUGUUAGUUAUUUAAUUAAAUGAACCCUUAAGGGGCUAUUCAAGUAUUACGUAAGCAUAUUUUUCAGGUUUUUAGAUCCCCCCCCCCGUUCCCCAUCGUAAGAUUUUUUGUAUGCAUUAGCGCCAUUUUUUCUAAUGGAAGUAAUCAAUAGCUAGACCCCCCCCCUCCCCCUUAAAUGCUUACGUAAUACUUGAAUGGUCCCUAAAUAAGAGAAUCAAUCUUUUGAGGAAAAAAGUUUUAUCCUAGGGUUUUAUUCUAACACAAAAUUAUAAUUUAGUGCAUUUCUGACCUACGAACUGAAAUUCAAAAAUAUUAAUAUUCUUUAAUGGUGUUCCACUUAUUUUCUUUAGCAAAAUGCUCAUUUGGGGGGUUUUAAGGUCUCUAAAUCCAAAUUUGUAGUCAAAAUUUAAAAAUUCAAAAUGUCGGCUCAAAAAUGGCGAAUGAAAAAAUUUAAAAUCCGUAAACUUUGAAAUUAUUCGAUCAACAUUUUGAAGUCGCCAUAUUGAAUUUUUAAAUUUCUACCAAAAAUUUGGAUUCAGCGACCCCAAAAACAUAAAAUAAUUAAUGAUAUUUCAAAUAAACAGUUAUCUCAAAAUACUGAAUUAUAUCUUAAACUAUUUUUACAUGAUGAUCUUAAAUUAAAAUAAAUUUUUAAAUAACCGUAAAUUGAAGAUGAAAUGUUCUGAAUUUAAAUUAUUAGGUUAGAAAUGCAAUAAAUUGCAGUUCAGGAUUCAUAAUAUUCCAUUUAAAUUUUUCUUGUCGAAAAUUUGAUUAGAGUUUUCUUUAUUUUUAUCAAAAAUAGAGGCCGAUAGUACAAUCCUUAU